AUGCGGCUUGCAAGAUCCUCGCACCAAUUUUUUUUUGCAGUGAAGUCUUUCCAACCUCCUGAAUAUGGAGAGAACGGAAUCGGAGUAGCCUUGCCUGCUGAAAUGGCUGGAGAGAAAGAUAAAAGAUUCUUGGAGAAUCAGUUCAAUGUUAUAGCUAGUGAAAUGAUUUCUAUUAACAGAUCCUUACCGGACUAUCGUUCUAGCGAGUGCCAAGGCAAAAGUUUUUCACCAGAUCUCCCGAAAACCUCUAUUAUUAUUGUUUUCCAUAAUGAAGCUUGGACAACUCUUCUUCGUACUUUGCAUUCCGUUAUUAAUAGGUCACCAUUGUCGUUGAUAGAAGAGAUUAUUCUGAUCGAUGACUUAUCUGAUAGGGAUUACCUCAAAGCGCCUCUUGAUGCGUACAUAAAACGCUUCCCUGUUCCUAUGCGGAUUGUUCACUUGAAGCGUCGGAGUGGUCUGAUACGUGCACGACUGACUGGCUCUGGAAUGGCCAAGGGACGUGUACUCUUAUUUCUCGAUGCACAUGUAGAGGUCACCGAAGGUUGGUUGGAACCACUUGUAGAUAGAGUGGCCAAAGACAGGAAACGCGUAGUAGCUCCCAUCAUCGACGUGAUUUCUGAUGACACCUUUGAAUAUGUGACCGCUUCUGAUACAACUUGGGGAGGUUUCAACUGGCACUUAAAUUUCCGGUGGUAUCCAGUUCCAAAGAGGGAGAUGCAACGAAGGAAAGGCGAUCGUUCUUCGCCUAUUCAAACGCCAACUAUAGCUGGAGGUCUAUUCGCUAUUGACAGGCAAUUCUUCUACGAUAUCGGCUCUUAUGAUGAAGGCAUGCAAGUAUGGGGAGGAGAAAACCUGGAAAUAUCUUUCAGAGUCACCGAAGGUUGGUUGGAACCACUUGUAGAUAGAGUGGCCAAAGACAGGAAACGCGUAGUAGCUCCCAUCAUCGACGUGAUUUCUGAUGACACCUUUGAAUAUGUGACCGCUUCUGAUACAACUUGGGGAGGUUUCAACUGGCACUUAAAUUUCCGGUGGUAUCCAGUUCCAAAGAGGGAGAUGCAACGAAGGAAAGGCGAUCGUUCUUCGCCUAUUCAAACGCCAACUAUAGCUGGAGGUCUAUUCGCUAUAGACAGGCAAUUCUUCUACGAUAUCGGCUCUUAUGAUGAAGGCAUGCAAGUAUGGGGAGGAGAAAACCUGGAAAUAUCUUUCAGAGUUAUUCACCAUAACGCAGCGCGAACGGCUGAGGUAUGGAUGGACCAAUACAAGCAGUUCUUCUACAAAAUGGUUCCAUCUGCACGCAAUGUUGACCCUGGUGAUGUUUCUGGCAGAAGGCAGCUGCGUAAUAAUUUGCAAUGCAAGAACUUUGAAUGGUAUCUAAGAAACAUAUACCCUGAGGCUCCGCUACCGUAUGAUUAUAAAUCCUUAGGCGCUAUAGCCAACCAGGAGACGAGGCUAUGUCUUGAUACGAUGGCAAAGAAAGAUGGUCCCGUUGGGUUGCAGACAUGUCAUGGAUCAGGAGGCAAUCAGGCAUGGUCAUUGACGGAGCGGGGAGAAGUCCGUUCUGAUGAUCUGUGUCUUUCCUCUAGUGGGCUCGAUAAUCUCGUUCGAUUAGAGCGGUGUAACGUCGCAUCUCCGAGUCCUAAACACCUCUUCAAGUAUGACAACGAGAACAAGCAUCUCAUCCACAUGAAAACCCGGUACUGCGUGACAGCUUCAGAUGGUAAAGAGGUGGUAGUUAGGCCAUGCAAUUUCUCUCCGGACCAGAAUUGGGCCGUAGAAGGCUAUGUGCAGUAA